UCAUCUACCUUGGUGGGGUAAUGUGAGACGUUUUAUGAUUUUUACAGAGUUGGUAGACAGGCUAUGGUUGUAGGGGUUGUACGUUUGGUUCCAAUGAUGAAUGUAUAUCUAUGUUAGUAGCCCGUCUGUACUUUGCUAUCAUGAUACGAACGUUUAGUCGCCUGUCGGCCAGAACAGGCUUCCUGGCUAGACAGGCAAAGUCCGCAGAGUUCACAGGGAGACAUCGACACAGCGGCUCCUAUGAUGUGGUGGUGGUCGGGGGAGGCAUCGUGGGUCUGGCUUCGGCCAGGGAGCUGAUCCUCAGACACCCCACACUGAGCUUUGCCCUGUUGGAGAAGGAGAAAGAGCUCUCCAUGCACCAGAGCGGCCACAACAGUGGCGUGAUCCACAGUGGGAUCUACUAUACGCCGGGCUCCCUGAAGGCUCGGCUGUGCGUGAGAGGGGCCACGCUGGCCUAUGACUACUGCGAGAAGAAGAGCAUCCCCUACAAGAGGUGUGGCAAGCUAAUUGUAGCCACAGAGCGCGAGGAGAUACCGCGGCUGAAAGCCCUCUAUGAGCGCGGUAUGAAGAACAACGUUCGGGAGCUGACCGUGGUAGAUGCCAAGGGCAUCAGAGAGAGGGAGCCCUUCUGCAGGGGCAUAAUGGCGCUGGACUCUCCGUACACGGGGAUAGUGGACUGGCGGGUGGUGGCCCUCAGGUACGGUAAGGACUUUGAGGAGGCAGGGGGAACCGUGACCACCGAGUUCGAGGCCGCCGACAUCACAGCCGUCAGGGAAAGCACUACUACAAAGAGUUCAGAAGGUCUAAAAUACCCAAUUGCUAUUAGAAGCUCCAAGGGAGACGAGGUCCACUGCCGCUACGUCCUGACAUGUGGGGGUCUCUACUCGGACCGGCUGUCCCAGAUCUCGGGGUGCAGUCCCGAACCCCGCAUCGUGCCCUUCAGGGGGGACUACCUGGUGCUCAAGCCAGAGAAACGCUACCUGGUGAAGGGUAACAUUUACCCUGUUCCAGACCCUCGUUUCCCUUUCCUGGGAGUGCACUUCACGCCCCGCAUGGAUGGCAGUGUGUGGCUGGGCCCCAAUGCUGUCCUGGCCUUCAAGAGAGAGGGCUAUGAACUCUUCGACCUCAAUGUCAGGGACCUCACAGAUGCCCUGUCCUUUAGAGGUCUGCAGAGGCUGGUCCUGAAGAACAUCAGCUAUGGCUUGGGGGAGAUGUACCGAGGCGUGUUCAUUGGCUCGCAGGUGAAGAUCCUGCAGAAGUUCAUACCGGAGCUCUCCCUCAGCGACGUGGUCAGGGGUCCGUCGGGGGUGCGUGCCCAGGCGCUGGACGUGGAGGGCAACCUGGUGGACGACUUUGUGUUUGACGGGGGCUCGGGGGAGGUGGGCAGCCGGGUGCUGCACGUCCGCAACGCCCCCUCCCCCGCAGCCACCUCCUCCCUCGCCAUCGCCGAGAUGAUUGCCAACGAGGUGGAGAGCAGGUUCACUCUCUAGCACCGACGGGUGUUACGGUCCAUUCAGGUGCUAUGGUAAAUGCCAAAUGCAGACAUGGGAAGCAGACAUGAACGUCCCCCUUGUGGUAUUUUCCACUGAACAACUCGACGAAGAAUACGUGUGGCCAAGACUGGAUAAUAUCCCAGAGCACAUGAAAAGCACAUCAAUCCCUGAUCUUCAUGACUU